GCGGGCGACACAAAAAGAAACAUGGCGGCUUCGGCGGCUUUAUAGACGUUAUGGAAGUCUUUUUGAGACUUUUAGGCCUUAAAAAAUGAAGGUAAAAGUCCUUUCAAGGAACCCAGCUGAGUACAUACGAGAGAGCAGGUCAGAUAUUCACAAGCUUCAUCGUAAUCUUGACCCAUCAUUGCAUCCUUUUGAAGCACCGAGAGAGUACACGAGGGCGCUUAACGCUGUGAAACUCGAACGCGUGUUCGCAAAACCGUUUGUCAGUUCGCUAGACGGGCACACGGAUGGCGUACACUGCAUUGCUAGACACCCUAGGAGUUUAUCCGUGUUACUGUCUGGAUCUUGUGAUGGAGAGAUUCGCUUGUGGAGUUUACCAAGGCGGGAAUGCUUGAAGACGCUAACAGCACACACUGGUUUUGUACGUGGUUUGUGUGCCAAUCCAUCUGGAGAUUCUUUCAUCUCUGUUGGUGAUGAUAAAGUUAUAAAACAGUGGAACAUGGCUCAGAGUUUUGAUACCAAUUUUGAGACUUCACAAGCUCCAAUCAACACAAUUAUUGGCAAGAAUCUCUACCAUGGCAUUGAUCAUCACUGGAAGAAAGCCGUGUUUGCAACAUGUGGAGACCAAGUUGACAUCUGGGAUGAGAACAGAGCUGAACCUGUACGGAGUUUCACAUGGGGCGUGGACACUAUACACAGCGUCAAGUUCAAUCCCAUAGAGAGCCAUCUUCUCGCCAGCACAGCGUCCGACCGUAGCAUUAUCCUGUAUGACAUGCGCGGUUCCACUCCACUGCGCAAGGUUGUUAUGGCGAUGAGAAGCAACACGGUAGCCUGGAACCCACUCGAAGCUUUCGUCUUCACCGCAGCCAAUGAGGAUUCGAAUCUGUACACGUAUGACAUACGUCGGUUUAACCAGCCAAUCAACGUGCACAUGGAUCACGUGUCGGCCGUACUUGACGUGGAUUACUCUCCCACCGGUCAGGAGUUUGUGACGGGGAGUUUCGACAAAACUAUUAGGAUUUUUGAGCGGGAUUCUGGACGAAGCAGGGAAGUGUACCACACUCGUCGAAUGCAGCGCGUGUUUUGCGUGCGGUUCAGCGCUGAUUCAACCUAUGUUCUCUCUGGUAGCGAUGAAACAAAUAUCAGGAUUUGGAAAGCGAAUUCUUCACAGAAGUUGGGAGCGCUUGCUCCACGAGAAAGAGCAGCAUUCAGCUACAGUGCUAAAUUAAAGGAAAGAUUUCAGCAUCACCCGCAGUUAAAAAGAAUAAAAAGACAUCGUCAUGUUCCUAAAGCCGUGUUCAAGGCAGCCAAGGAGAAAAAGAUUAUACUGGCGUCAAUAAAGAGAAAGGAAGAGAACCAACGACAACACAGCAAACCUGGAAGCGUGCCACAUGUGGCGGAGAGAAAGAAACAUGCCAUUGCUGUUGUGGAAUAAAACAAAACGAACGAGAAAGCACGCGCUCAUGCUUAAUGCCAGACACAACCCACGUUCAAGAGUUGACUGAGCUGCGCCGGUUUUCGCCCAAGAGGUUGCUAAGUCUAGCUUGGUGCGUCUGUGCUGAGCUUGUGUGUUUGCGCCAAGUUUGGUGUGUCUAGCUUGGUGUGUCUAGCUUGGUUUGUCUGUGCUAAGCUUGGGAAUCCUGUGCUAGGUCUCUGUACUUAUUUUCAUAUACCUUCCUCCGGUGUUUUCAAGGAUUUCUCUUGUUCUAUUUUAUGAUCUGUUCCCAUCCUGCCUGCACCUUAAGACAAUGAUUGUCAGCUAAUUUGCAUAACACAAAAAACUUGAAUAUCUCUCGGAUUAGACAGGAUAUGACCAAAACAGACAGACUAUCAUUCCGCAUUUUGAAAGGACUUUCAAAUAAUCUUGAUUUUUUUUUCAUGUCAUUCACUUAGAAUGCUCUCUUCCGCAAGUUGUCAAACACUGCUCUAUAUUAAUGCUUGAUAUUGCUUUAGCGUAACUUAUCCAAGCCUUUUUGCGUCAGAUAGAUUGGCGUCUGUUCCUUUCAGCGAAAAUGUGGUUUACAGACAUCGGGCACCUUUGGAAAAGUGUUUACAAACAUUGUUUUUUUUAAAUAUGCAUGCAAUAUUUAAAUCAUAUUUUUAAUAUGUCUUCUGUGAACAUUUAUUCAGCUCUAUUUGUCAAAGAUAUCGGAAAUGAAUAAAAUAAUUUUUUUUUGA